UUUGAAGAUCUUUGUCGAUACUCCGUGAAGCUUGAUUGGUCAGAUUCCCUGCCACUACCCACAAUCCCAAUCGGUACUGACAAAAGUCACAACAAGGAAGUGAGGGACUAAACUAAUCUUAUUAUAAAGGACAGAUGGUUUUGUAGAAGCGCGUAUUUAACCAUUAGAUCCACGGUGUUUCGUAACGUCAAGUGUUUUUCUUUGGAUUAAAAUUUUUUUGGUCAUUGAAGAAAAUGAAAUGAAGACAAAACAAGUACGUGCGCGGAGAAGUGCUCCUGCAAUUGUCUCCCAUUCAUUCUGAUUUUUAAAGUUAAUCACAGACUCCAUGUGGUGUUGACACUCUCACGGCUCAAAAUGAAGAUGAUCACCUUUUUUUUGGUUGGACUGACAGUCCAUGUCGUCUUCUUCUUGUCCAUCUUUGACAUCUACUUCACCUCUCCUUUGGUCCAUGGCAUGACACCCGUGGCCACACUUUUGACUCCACCUGCCUCCAGACUGGUGCUGAUCGUGGCAGAUGGUUUGAGGGCGGACAGCCUCUUCACUCCGCUACCCAACGGCUUACCCAGAGCUCCUUACUUGAGGAGCAUUAUCGAGGAAAAGGGCACCUGGGGUGUUUCCCACACGCGUGUGCCCACUGAAUCCCGCCCAGGUCAUGUCGCGCUCAUCGCUGGCUUCUAUGAGGAUGUUAGUGCCGUUGCUAAAGGUUGGAAGGAGAAUCCUGUGGAAUUUGACUCUGUGUUUAACGAGAGCCGCCACACUUGGUGCUGGGGCAGCCCUGAUAUUCUGCCCAUGUUUGCAAAAGGUGCGAGUGGAGACCAUGUGUACACCCACACAUAUCCAGCAGCCGAGGAAGACUUUGCCUCCACAGAUGCAUCCAGGCUGGACAGCUGGGUGUUCACGCAAGUCAAAUCAUUUUUUCAAUCAGCAAAGUCAAACCCCACUUUGAUGGCCAGUCUGCUGGAGGAUAAGAAUGUCUACUUUCUGCAUCUACUGGGCAUUGACACAAAUGGACAUGCUCACAGACCAAUGUCACAGGAGUAUGUAAACAAUAUUGGCCUUGUAGACUCCGGUGUGUCAGAAAUGGUGGCGAUAAUUGAAGACUUCUUCAGCCAUGAUGGCAGAACCUCCUAUGUGUUUACCUCAGAUCACGGCAUGACCAAUUGGGGUUCUCACGGUGCAGGACACCCCUCAGAGACGCUGACCCCAUUAGUGGUGUGGGGGGCAGGAGUGCAGAGUCCCCACAAAGUGACUGAAACUCAGCUUUAUAAUGAUGGCUAUUUGCAAGACUGGAAACUGGAGCACCUUAGAAGGGUUGAUGUCAAUCAGGCUGACAUUGCUCCUCUCAUGGCUUCGCUCAUCGGGGUACCCAUUCCCGUCAACUCUGUUGGUGUGUUGCCGCUCCUCUACAUCAACAACACAGACCAGUUUCAAGCGGACUGCAUGUAUACUAAUGCAAUUCAAAUACUGGAACAGUUCAAGAUGAAAAUGAAGCAGAAAAAAGAGACAACGUUGUCAUUCCUCUUUACGCCUUACCAACAUCUGACUAAGUCAAAACAAUUGGAAUUCAUCCACAAAGCAAGAAUACUGAUGCAGCUGGAAAAUUAUGGAGAAGCUAUCUCCCUCUGUCAAUCUCUGAUAUCCCACGCUCUUGAAGGCCUCGUUUACUACCAUACCUACGACAGGUUUUUUUUAGGUUGCAGUGUGGUGCUGGGAUUUGUAGGCUGGAUCUCAUACGUCGUCCUCGUCAUCCUGAAGACUCACGCCAGCCUCAACAUGCACCCUGAUAUCCUCACGCAGAAUCCCAGUCGUACCUUGCCGAGGCUGUGUGUGUGUGUCACCGUGGUAAUCAGUGUAUUCCUGCUCAUCCAGAGGAGUCCGAUCACUUACUAUGUUUACUGUUUGCUGCCUGUGCCUGUGUGGUACUCUGUUCUUAAAGAGUCUAAAACACUGACAGACUUGAUUCAGUCCGCUCCUGCACUGCCACUCUGGAAAUGUCUCGGCUACUUUGUGUUGGUCGCAUUCGGCAUUGAGCUACUGGUGGUGAGUUUCUUCCAUCGCGCCGUGCUUACAGUGGGCUUGGCUGUGCUCUCGCUGUGGCCGAUGCCGUCAGGGCUUUUUGGGAAGGCCAAGUUCCGAUCAUUGAACUGGUUUCUGGGCUGCCUGUGUUUGGCUGCAUUCCCGCUGAUGCCUGUUGUGGGAAGAGAUCCAAACAUCAAUCUGGUAACAUGUGCAGGUCUCCUCACUCUUUUUACAUCAGCCUGUUUCCUCUGGCCGUCCCACAAGAGGACACCACUGCACACUAAUGAUAAACAGCAGUUUGUCAUCCAGAUGUUGCAUGUGGCCGUGUGUGCGUACGUGCCCUCCCUCACACACUUCAGCCUGCAGCAAAAACAGGGUCUGCCUCUUCUCAAUCAGAUGAUCAGCUGGGCCACAUUGGCAUCUUCCAUACUUGUUCCACUGAUGAGCUCCACCCGCCUCUUUCACCGGCUUCUCAGCAUAUUCCUCUCUCUCACAGCCACCUAUUUGCUGCUUAGCACAGGGUCAGAGGCUUUUUUCCCGCCAGUGUUAUCCUGGUUGAUGUUUGUGUGGAUCAACAUUGAACAGGAAGCAAUGCUCGCUGAAGGCUUAUCUGGAAGACAAGAGCUUUCCACUAUUGAUUUCUCCGCCAGCAUUGAUAUCUCCAAAAUUCGCCAGCUCAAGUUGGAUGACAUCCGGCGAUCCUAUUUCUUUGUUUUUUUCAUAAUAACAGCUUUUUUUGGCACUGGAAACAUAGCGUCCAUUAACAGCUUUGACCCAGCGUCAGUUUAUUGUUUCCUGACGGUCUUCAACCCUUUCAUUAUGGGAGGGUUGAUGAUGUGGAAGGUCAUUAUUCCAUUCAUAAUCGUGAUGUGUACAUUUGAGACCAUCCAAGUUACAACGCAGCUGUCAUCGAGAAGCUUAUUCCUCAUAGUCCUUGUUAUAUCUGACGUGAUGGCUUUGCACUUUUUCUUCCUGGUGCAGGACUAUGGUAGCUGGUUGGACAUUGGCACAAGCAUUAGCCACUAUGUGAUCGUGAUGUCAAUGACCAUCUUCCUGAUGCUGCUCAGUGUGGUUACGCACAUCCUCACCUCGCAAAGGCUGGUUCUGUGGCGUACACACAAGAUGCACUUCCGCUAAGUAAACAGAGGUCUAGUUAAGCCAGACAGUCAGUGUUUAGGUGGUUGUAUUUUAACAAUAUGGUGGAUGUAUUUCAUAUUCAGGGGAAUGUACUGUGCUACACAAAAAGUCUUGUGUGAUCCAUUUUUGAACGCGGUGAGUAGAGUAGCCAAAAAUUGUACUUUAGAGCUCAGUUACUUUAAAGCAGGGCUAUUAAACUGAUGGCCCGGGAACCAAAUCCAACCCAAAAAUGGAACCAUAGGACCCCAAGCUCAGUUCGAAACUUGGAGCAUUUUUGCAGCAAACUACUAAAAACACUAGAGUUCUUCUGUUGUAAAGAGGAACUUGGAGCACUAAACACAUUGGCAAAUUCUUGCAUUGACAUUUCAACCUGGCUAGCAAACAUAGAACACUGUGGUACAGAUUUGCGAUGUAUGUAAAAAAAAACUGAGGUGUUCCUCAAGGCACCCCUUUGAGGACUCUCCUUUUUGGCAGUUUUUUUUGCAAUGUGAGUUAUGUAACUAAGGGGUUUGCUGGAGCGUGUUUACUUCACAUGCAGUUAGUAGUCAUUUGUUCAACUUCUUUAGUUAGAUAGAUAGAUAGAUAGAUAGAUAGAUAGAUAGAUAGAUAGAUAGAUAGAUAGAUAGAUAGAUAGAUAGAUGGAUAGUACUUUAUUGAUUCCUUCAGGAGAGUUCCUUCAGGAAAAUUAAAAUUCCAGCAGCAGUGUACAGAGUUGAGAUCAAUUUAAAAAAAGUUAAAAGUAAAUAAUGGGGGUUUAAAUGGAAACAAAAUAGAGAAAUAUUACAAUAAGAAUAAAAAAUAAAAAGCAACAAUGGGAAUAAAAAUAUAACAGUAAAAUAAGAAUAUAACAAAAGAAAGUAGGCAGUAGUGACCAUGUUAUGAAAACGUAUUGCACUGUUAAUGUUUUGCAUCCCCUGUCAUCCUAAUACCCCCCUCCCCCGUCCCAGAGAGGAGUUGUACAGUCUAAUGGCGUGUGGGACAUAGGAGUUUUUGAGUCUAUUAGUCCUGCACUUGGGAUGUAGCAGUCUAGCACUGAACAGGCUCCUCUGGCUACUGAUAACGCUAUGCAGAGGGUGACUGGCAUCAUCCAGGAUGCUCACUAGUAUGUCAACAGUCCUCUUCUCUGCCACCGUCACCAGUGAGUCCAGUUUCAUUCCGAUUGUAGAACCGGCCUGCCUGAUCAGUUUCUCAAGUCUGGAGCUGUCCUUCUUAGAUGUACUGCCCCCCCCAGCACACUACCAUGUAGAACAGAACACUGGCAACCACAGACUGGUAGUACAUCCACAGGAGUUUUCUACAAAUGUUGAAGGAGUGCAGUCUCCUGAGGAAGUACAGCCUGCUCUGUCCUUUCUUGUACUGGUGGUCCGUGUUAAUAGUCCAGUCCAGCUUAUUGUCCACCCAAACCCAGAGGUACUUGAAUGAGUCCACGGUCUGUACCUCGACUCCCUCGAUCACAAUAGGUUGUGACCGUGGACUCGACCUCCCAAAGUCAAUGACCAGCUCCUUGGUCUUUGACGGAUUGAGCUGCAGGAGGUUCGUGUGGCACCAGACAACAAAGUCCCUCACCAGGUUCCGAAACUCCUCCUCUCUGCCGUCCCUGAUGCACCCGACGGUGGCUGUGUCAUCCGCGUACUUCUGGAUGUGACACAGCUCUGAGUUGUAGCAGAAGUCAGCGGUGUACAGGGUGAAGAGAAGAGGGGCCAGCAACGUUCCCUGCGGUGCUCCGGUGCUGCUGAUCACAGUGUCAGACGUGAUGUCCUUCAGUCUGACGUACUGUGGCCUGUCGGUGAGGUAGUUUGACAUCCAGGCUACCAGGCAGGGGUCCACUCGCAUUUUGUAGAGCUACACUAGUAGUGCUCCUCAAGGUUCCAUUUUAGGUCAUUUAUUUUUCAUCAUUUGGGAUUUUUCAACUGGUGGUCCGUGAUUUCAGUUAAAAAAAUUUGUAAGAGACUUUUUUUUGCAAUAGAUUCUUACAGUGCUGUCAUAGAGAUCAUCUUUGACUAGCUUCUUUGCUGAAAGUCCUUCAAAACGGCAGAGCGCUCCUGUAACUGGCAAAAUAAAUAGACAAAAAUCCAAUGUAAAAAAAAAGAGUAAUAGUGAAGGGAGAAAUCUGGCCCCACAGUCCUUAGCUUUCUUGCCCCUAAAACAUCUUAAAAAGACACCUUUCUGUUUUCCACCACAGAAACAGACAAUGAAACUUUGUUCUAUUCUGUUCUUAGUUGAAUAUCCCUGCUUUAGUGUAAUAUGACUCAAGUAAAACAAAAAAGUAGUCAUCCAAAUAACUCCCUUAGUGUAAGUAUUUAGUGAAAAAAAACUACUCACGUAUCAGUAACUACUACUCACAUAGAUAUAAAUGUUAUUUUUAAUAGUUUGUAAGUAAACAUUGACCUCGACUUAGUAGUUUGACUGCGGUCAUGUAACACCCAGGAUCUGUUUGAUUGGUGAAAUGGAGUCAAACGUCACUAGUGCUUACGUUGGAUGCAGAGUCAUGUGACAUUGCCCCCUGGAAGAGGUCUCUCUUACGAGACAAAAUAGUUUGUCUUUGCAAGCUGUAAUCAAUAUUUUAAUAUUAUGACAUGGGGUGAUUGGCAUAAAAUUCAGUGUAACAAAGUAAAAGUAGAGUUUCUACCUCACAAAAAUACUCAAAAGUAAAAAGUAUGUUGCAUGAAACUGUCUGACAAGUACAAUUUAACUGAGUAAAUGUAGCACAUUACUACCCACCUGUGUUAAUAGGUUAAAGGACGCACAUUUAUGUAACUAAUUGUAAUUUGCAAAGAAAUAUAGGAUAAAGUGUGAAGGGUUUGUUGUUUAUUUUGGUACAUCAAUGACACUAACGCAAAAGGGAAUGACACUAUUGCAAAGUAAAUAACUAUCAUUUACCUGAGCUCUGUAUUGUAUGCAUAUGUAUUUAAAGAAUAAUGGAACAUUUUAAUCAUUACUUACAUGUUUUGCACAAACCUAUGUUUUGUACAGGAAUAUUUUUAUAUUAACACUUUUCAAACUGCUACUUGAAUAGAGAUUGGACUGAGAACUAUGUUUGGUAAGGGUAUUGUUUUUUUACACAUGCAGUACUAUUGUGCUGAAGGGAAAAAGUGUCCAUAUUUUUAAUUGAUGUGCUGUAAUAAAAAUGAUAAGCAAGGUCCGAUUUUUUUGGGCCUUGAAUCUGAUCCGA